AUGAAGUCUGCCGAGUUGAUCUUACAACAAAUUCCGGAUUUCAAAUCAAGACUCGAAAAAAUGGAGAACGAUCGCGAAGAGCUCAAACAUGCGACAACGGAUGCUACACGAGAGAUUGAAACGAAGGUCCGGGAGCUGGACUCGCGUUUUGUGACCUUCCGACAGAGCCAUGAUGCGAAAAUUCAUCUAAUCGAGAGCGGUAUCCGUCAGGGCGAAGGCACAGACAACAAUAGCCAGAGCAACAAUCCUCAAAACAGUGAGACUCCUGGUUUCCUCAAGACAGCUGUCGAGAAGCUGGAACACAACCACAGAUUGCUAUUGAAUACCGUGAAUAAGCUGCUAGCGGACACGCCUCGGGUCCAAAAGUGCCUUGCAGUAUAUGAGGCACUAGUUGCUGCUGUGCGCUCUUUGGAGCUCCGAUACUCUAACAUCAACUCGGAACAUCUGGUCAAGAACAUGGCUUCUGCCAUGACGGAAAUGUAUCCAUCCAUGCCGCAAGCUCUAGAGCAGCUUAAUCAGCUCAAAGCUCAUUGUACUCAGGAGAUUGCAACGCUCAAAAGCAGUGAAAAGCAGCACUACGAUUGUUUGGACUCUAAGCUGGAUCGAAUCCACGCAGGUAUAGAGACCAAACUUGAACACCUACAAAAGAAUGUCAAAGAGCUUGGCGAUGGUCUCAAAGAGCAACUUGAGGAUACUUGGGACAUCAAGAAUAAAUUUCAGACUCACUCGGAUGCUUUUUCUGAACUGGCAGACUCGCUUCUCGAGGCGCAAGGGCAAAUGGAAAAAGUCAACGAGGCUUCCGCAGCCAUCGCGGUGGUCACCACACAGGUUCGAAACUUAGAGCAUCGAGUUGGGGGUGAGAAUAUCAUGAAGGAGACCUUGACCCAGUCGUCGACGGGAAAGGAAAUCCCCCAUGUCGGUAUCGAUGGUAGCAGCAGCAUAUAUGACGCACUCGACAAAUUAACGGCAAAUUAUCAAGAUCUCGAAUCCAGGAUCAAACAGCAAGGGGAGGCUGUCUCCGUUGAAAGCGCUAAGCUGACAGCCGAAUGUUCACGAAUUGCCAGCUCGUGGGAUCAAGUCAGGCUUGAAUUUGAAAAUGGCCAGGACUCUGAUCAGAUCACCGAGUUGUCUCAGAAAAUUCAGGCGCUUUUGUCUGACGUCCACUCUUUACAAAUUAGACUCGACAAUGAGGUGAAGUUAAUUAUUGGGCGCAUGGAUGGCAUGGCUUCCGCUGGUGAUUUGAGCCUUUUCAAGAGUGAGGCUCUGUCUCGCUUCGAGAAACUCGGAGCAGCAUUGUCUGCCAGCUGGAGCGAUCCGUUGUCCGCAAGAGAACACAGUGCCAAGGGCCCCCCACAGGAUCCCUCGGUCGUCUCAGGCAGCAUUGGUGAUGAUUACAGAAUACUUGGCAAUGCCGCGCGGGAGCCCAACCAAAGUUCCCUCAAGUGGUUGCGGGAGCGGCCUGCUUCUUCACAUUCAUCAAGCUCGAUGCCUGAAGUCUUUGGGAACAAUUCAGUUGCUGCCGUGGAUGAUAGUCCGAGAAGCCCAUUCAUACCCGGCUCUCCUUCCACAGAUGCGCCUAGUCUUCCGGCACCGAGACCCUUUAUCAUGGACUUGCCAAUAGCGUUCCGCAUUUCGGAAGAGGAUCGGACAGGGAUCAGACAGGAUCAUCGUAGCCCGCUCGUGGAUGGAUCUCGCUCUCCCAAAGCUCCCAACUCCCAGCUAGUACCGACCACGCGUACGAACGAUAGUGUGGCCGGAAAUUCCGAGUCUGGACCAUCAAGGAAACGUCCACGUCAGGGCACAUUCUCGGACGACGGAGGUGGAUCAUGGACAUCUACAUCCACUCGCACACCCAACGUUGCGAAAUCCAGCAAUGAGAAUGAAUCCUCUCUGUCGAAGAAAGCAAGAAAGAAACUGGAGAAGAGAGAGCGAAAGGAGCAGCGUAAAAGGCAAAAGGGGCCGAUGCAUUGA